CUUCUGUUAUCUGUUGGUAGAGUCUGGCUGGUUCGACACAACACCGGAGGAUUGUUGUCAUUUCUGCGCGGCUAGCUCUUAGCGCUAGCUAGCUGUUCCAUUUCACCCUCUGCUUAUUUCGAUCCAGCAGGAUGUUAUUAUGGAGCGUGGCCCAGUUCUGCCUGACAGCCUGGUGUUGGAGAUCUUCCUGUGUCUGUCCCAUGAUGCCGUGCUGACAGCUGGUCUGACCUGCAGACAGUGGCUGGCGGUCUCCAGAGAUGAGUUCUUGUGGAGGGAUUUGUUCUACAGCUACUACCGCAUCCCCCGCUAUGUACCCCGCCACCCAGCGGCGGUGUCUUGGUACAGGGAGUUCAGGCGUCUGUUUGACUGCAUCCCCUGUGUGGAGGUUCAGACGCUGAGAGAGCACACCGACCAAGUCCUCCACUUGGCCUUCUCUCACAGGGGGCACCGGUUCUCAUCGUGCUCCAAAGACUGCACUGUUAAGCUGUGGGACACGGAGCAACCAGAUGGCAACCUCUCAUUGGUGCACAGCUCCAGCAUGCGGGAGUUCAACUGGGGCUACACUCAGUUCUCCCAGUUCAAUGCCGACGACAGCCUGCUGCUUGUGUCGGGGGUUUACCUGGGCCCACACCACUCCUCUUCAGGGGAAAUCGCAGUCAUCAGUCUGGAAAAUUACACACUCUUGUCACGGGUUAGGAACAAGCCGUACGAUGUGUUUGGCUGCUGGCUGAAUGAGACCCACCUGAUCUCUGGGAACUUGCACUGGAUCGGCCAGAUGACCUCCUGCUCCGUGCUGUGGCUCAAUAAAGCUUUCCAGGAUGUCGAAUCAGAGAAUGUCAACGUGGUCAAGCGCCUCUUCAAGAUCCAGAACAUUAACGCAAGCACCAUCCGCACAGUGAUGGUGGCCCACUGCCGUCGUCACGACAACCCAGACUUGGUGCUGGAUUAUGAGGCCCAGUCUCAGGCUCAGAGGCAGAAAGGGCCACAGCGGCCGCACCAGCCCCUCCUCUUUGACCUGGGAACCUCCGGCAGCGAGGAAGACGACGAGGAAGCAGCAGAUGACGAGUCUCAGAGGGAGGCGAGGGCUCAAGGCUGUACCGCCGCCCGGGCCCAUCAGUCCACUGGAUCAAACCGGGAGCAUGUUAUACAGAGUCGUAAAAAUAUCGGGCCCAGGGACCUGGCGAUCGAAACCCACGUGGCUAAGAUGAUGGGCAGAACCCACACGAAAGCACCCGACUGCAGCUUCAAAGAGCAGCCUGAGUCCGGGGAAGAAGACAAAACCUACUUGCUCUUCACCACCGGCAGCCUUACGUACUCCCCUCACCAAAUAGGUAUUAAGCGGAUCAAGCCCGACCAGAUGACAACGUCCGGUCCCGUCCUUGGUGAAGAGCGUAGCUCGGAGGAGUUCUUUGAUUCCCUGGACCAUGUUAUUGAUAUCCAUGGACACAUUAUUGGAAUGGGCCUUUCUCCAGACCACAGGUACCUUUAUGUGAACAGCCGGGCUUGGCCUGCCGGAUGCGUGAUCUCCGACGCCAUGUCGCCGCCUCCCAUCGCAGAGGAGAUAGACCUGCAUGUCAUCGAUCUGAAGAACUUGAGGGAGGAGAGAAGAAGCCUGCGCGCUCACCGAGCCUUCACCCCCAACGACGAGUGCUUCUUCAUCUUCCUCGACGUUAGCAGAGACUUUGUUGCCAGUGGAGCUGAGGACAAGCACGGCUACAUCUGGGACCGUCACUACAACAUCUGCCUGGCGCGCCUGGCGCACGACGACGUGGUGAACUCGGUGGCAUUCAGCCCCUCCGACCAGGAGCUGCUGCUGUCCGCCAGCGAUGACUCUACCAUCAAGGUGUGGCGUUCGCCGCGCAUGGACCGCCUAGCGCAGGCCCCCGGGCGGCUGCCGAGGCCCUGCAGCCUCCUGUCGUCCUGGUUGAGCCACAAGAACUCCACUUCUGCCAGCAGCGUCAAUGGGAAACCACGAGUCAGGUUGGAAAACACUCUGAGUGGGUGGGAGCGAGGAGAGGAAAGUCAGACCUGACUCCUCUGUGGUGGGAAUAUGUAUGCACUCCAUGUAUAUGUACAAUGUGGUUACAGUCUGUGGUUUUGCUUGAGCUCACGGUGUUGUGAGCUACGGCGGCUGGCAGGAGACGAGAUGAACCUCUGUGUUGGACACAAGGGUGCGCUGUUGUGCCAACAAAGGACGGAGCGUUGAAUUGCCAUGUGGAGUUAACACCUUACUCGCACAAGACAGACACGCUGUUUCCUGAGAGACGGGUUAUUUCUGUUUUAUGAGUAAGGUGCGUCUGAACAGGUCAGACACCGAGCUCCUGGACCUGAGGUGUAAAUGUGCUGCAGAGACGGCACCUGAUGAUCAGAGGAAAAGUGCUGUACCAGAAAAUGUUUUCAGAAUUUAUCCCCCUAUUAAUGUAGUUAUGUCCAUUUGAUGUUUUGAGUACCCCCCCCCCCCCCCCCGUUUUUGAAUUAUAUACCUUUAAAACCAAAAGGGAAAAGACGUUGAGCUGCAUGUUGUGCAGUCUGCCCUGGUUUUUAACGACUUCCCUUCCUAUUGUUUUAUUGCCCCAGUAAUGGCCGAUCCCAAUUCUAUUCAACAUAGAAUUAUUUAGUGACUGAUUCCUAAAGAAAAAAAACUUUUGGCGUGAAGCAUGACUGUGUUACAAAAAGUUGUUUUGUGUAGCCAAAAUGUUUUUUGGACGAUAUAAUGUAGAAAUGUAUUUAAACACCUUCAGUUAUUAGUAGCACAAACCUGCACCCAGUCAUUUUGUAACGACACAUAAGGGGGAAUCUCAGAAAUUCAUGAUUUCUGGACUUUUUCAUUAAAAAAUGUGUUUUUCUUUCCUCACAACAUGUCACAAAUAAUUUUCCAUUUUUUUUCAAGAAGAACUUUUCACUUCAUGCCCGAAAAACUCAACAUAGAGUAGGAGGUACAUGGACGUAUGGGCACUGCUGAGCAUUUUCUAACAUAACUUCAAUUUAUUCUUGGUCAUUUUAGUUGCACUGUUUUCUAAUCCCGUGUUUUUGAGGUCAUCUGUUGAACACUACAUUUUAAUUGAGUAAAUAACCACCAUCCUUUUAAAUAGUGUGCAUUUUAGAACAAGCAAUGUUACAUUACAUAUUUAAAUGUGUUUUAUAUUCAGGACGCACACAGUGUGAGAUCAUCAUAUUAACAUGGCACAUAUUUAAUUCUUACAUUAACUAACGUUUUAAAAACACUGUUGAACUAUUCAGUUUACACAUUAAAUUGGCGUUUUUUUUUUUUUAUAAUGGUAAAUCUGUUAAAAGAAAGGAUUUUUCAUUUUAUUUUCAAGACAAAAUAUCAAUAGAUGGAAUUUCUUCGAUAUUUCAACUCAAACUAAUGUUGCCCGAGUAGUUAUCUGUGUGAUACCCCUUAACUGUGGCAUAAGAACAAUCAAUACCUUCAAGUAUUCCUUCAGAAAGUAUCUCAUGAAUGAAGAGCAGAGUAAACCUGUUUCUAAGCGUCAUUCCGGUCCUCGUCAAGGCCCUUUUACUUUUGUUGAUCUCAGUGUAUUCUGAGAAAAGGAAAACAAAAACUAAAACAUGAUAAGUGAACCAGGAGACUUUGUGCGUCAGCUGCGGUUAAACCAUAACACGAUGCCGAUACUUAACUCGUUAAAAGAUAAUGUUUUGGAUGGAGAGUCCCUGCUGAGUGAGGUUUUCCUUUCAGCUGAUUUAAAAGCCCUUCAAAGUUAAUUUCCUGAGAAAUCUCUUCAUCAGAUCAGUGUCGCCACCAGUUGUGCAGCCUUUUUUUUUGUGCAAUAAGUCUUGAACCCUCUUGUUGGUCCCCUUCAACCAAUUUAAAUACUUUUUCAUUAUCCCCAUAUUUCUGAUCAUGUUUACUGCCUCUACUCCCCUCAAAUAAAAAGUCUCAACAUGU